AACUGUGACUGUCUCGCGGCAGGAAUCGCAGCGUGCAAUGUUAUGCUUGUAUUAUGUAGUAGUAUCUACUGCCGCGCCAUUCGAGCCGGGUGGCGAGUUUGUAUACGGAGUAUAAAAAGUGCAACAACAAACAAGCCUGCAUAGUCGAGAAGGAGAAAGAGAAACUUUCGGCGGCGUCAGUUUUACGCGAUCUCACCAGUUACUACGCGCGAACGUAGCUGUUGGCUUGUGUGUGUGUGUGCGCGCGUGUGUAUGCAUGCGUGUGUAAGUUACGAGGAGCUGAUGCACACGCACGCUAUAAUAUGAUACGCGACGGCGACGAUACAUAGCACGAGCCAUCGCGAUUCACGACGAGCCGCUUCGGCGUAUCCUCGCGCAGUCUCUGCAACAGUUCAUUAUUGUUUUGUAGUAAAUAUACUACAGUAACGCCGAGCGCCGAAAAAAGUUCGCAACGCGAGUGUGCAUACUUAAAUGUGGUGCUGUUAUUGUCGUGUUUGUUGUGAUUUCAAAUUGUUGUCCAUGAAAUUUGUGCGUUCACUCGAUCAAUGCAACGAUAAGGAGCAUCAUCCUGCGAUGAUGCUACAACUACCGAAGAGUUGAAGCUUUUUCCAAAUUUGGCUUCCAGCAAAACGGAGAAUGAAUUUUCUCAACACCAUAGCGGUCGGUGCAGUGGCCGGCAGCGACGCUGCACUCCAGCUCAACAAUGUCGAAGUUAUUUACAGCAAAAUACAGAAAGUUUAUCUCAAACCCCAGCAUAAGGAAGAACGACAACGGGAUCUCCGAGUCAACGUUGAAAUACAUGCUGGCCUUAGUCCUGUUUGUCGCAAGGCACUGUGUGUACUUUUGGCAGACGAUGAUGAUCCUUGCUUCCUGUACUCUCUUUUUAUAACUGAUGAUGACUUCAAGGUAUUAAAGGCUCAACAGGGUCUUCUUGUGGACUUUGACAACUUUGCAACGCAAUUAAUUUGUUUGCUAGAGCAAUGUCAUGUACCAGCCACAAGUUUGUCAAAGGCUCCAAAAUUUUUACUACUUCUUUCAGAAGAGGCUGGAGAUUGGACUUUCCAAUUAGUAGAAACAAAUAAUUUUAAACAUUUAUGUCAUUUAAGUUUAAAUAUUGCUCCAGCUAAUGAUUCUGAUUUAAAAACUCAUAUGGCCAUGAAAAUAAAGAGCUUGAAGGAAGCUAUUGUACAAAAAGAUAGAAAUAUAAAUAGUUUAGAAACCAGAGUGUCAGAAAUUAGCAAUAAAUUGGAAAUGAAAUGCAGAGAACUUGAUCAGUAUGAACAAAAAUUUAUUACCGAAAAGACACAAUUACAAAUGAGUCUUUCUCAACAAAUAGCAUUAGAAAAGGAUAAAUUACUCCAAGCAAGAUUAGAGUGGCAAAAUCAAGCUGAAAAAGAAAAAAUGGAAAUAGAAUUCAGACACAGUGAAACAGUCAAACAACUACAUACUGAACUUGCUGAACUGAAAGCUCAAAAUGUAAAUUACAAAGAUAAAUUAUCACUUCUUGAAUCAACAAAUAAAGAACAAUCGCAGCAUAUUCAAGAUUUACAAAAAGAUCUAAAUCUUUUGCAAAGAGACUUCUCAUCAACUAAAAAGCAUAAUGUCAAACUGGAUACAGAUUAUCACGAAAAAGAUAAAUCAGUUAAUGCACUUUCCACCAGAGUUGCAGUACUAGAGCAAGAAUUGAAAGAUAAAAUAAUUUUAAUAAAUAAACAUACAGAAAUGAUUAAAAGUGCAAAAGAAAACAAACAAAGACUUGAAGAAAUAUUAUCUGAAAAAGAAUCUCAAUUGCAACGUAAACAAACAUCUUUGAAAAAUCUUCGUGAUGAAUUAAUGAAAGCAAAUGAAAUAUUGGGUAAGCUUCAAAGUGAACUAGCUUCAACAAAAUCAAAAUUAAAACUAAGAACAAGUAUAGCUUUGGAGCAAGAGCGACUUCUAGAUACUAAGCAAAAAGAAGUUGGUCAGCUAGAAAUAAAAAUUGAAUCCUAUGCCAAAGAAAGUAAUGAGGCUCAAAAAGAAAUUGAUAAUCUAAAAGAAGAAGUAAAAAAAUUAAAGACACAACUAGAAGAGAAAGAAAAGACUAUAAAAAAUAAUGAUAAUGUUAUUAGUUGGCUUAAUCGAAGAUUAGCUGAUACUCAUUCUAAUUCGCCUCUGCAAAGCGCAGCAACAACUAAUACAGUUACAUUGCCGCAAACAAUGCAACUGUCCUUGCCAAGGGCUAAUAAAUUCAUGUCCAACAGAUUUGAAACUCGUACAACUGCUGCUACUUCAACUCAACCAGUAACUUUAACCGGUCUGCCACUGCGAAAUCCUAUUGUUCAAAAUCCAAAUAUUAAUCAAACAACUGCUAGAAGUUCAGCUAGAUCCCUUGGUGUUGGAGUAGCUGAUAAUACUGGUGUAAUGAAUUUUAAAACUGGUCAAAUUUCUAGUACAAGUACACCUAUGGAACGUGCCAAUUCACAAAGUAAAAUAACAAAUAAUUUAGUCAGUACUAAUUCUGUGCCAGCAAUAAUUGAAAACAAUAAUGUGCCUACACCAGCAAUUAAUGGUAUUACUAAAUCAAAAAGUCUAGGAAGUACUUUACAGGGUGGUUUAAGACGAGCAGUAAUUGACAAACCGCUGUUACCCUCUGCUUAUUUUCCGAAAACUCUGCAUAAUCAAUGAUUACAAAAAGUACAGUUCAUUUACAACAAAUUUAGAAAAAUAUUUAAUUUAAUCUUAGCAAAGUUAAUUAAAAUAAAAUUUAACUUAAAUAAUAUUAAAUAUAAUUUUUAAAUUGUAUGACUUCAGUUAAUAUUCGAAAAUAGAAACUACAAAUUCUUAAAUGUCUACUUAAGGACUGAAUUCAAUAUUAAUUUUUUAAGUGUGAGAUAUAAAUUUUUUAUUUGUAAAUAUAAGUUAAUUUAAUCAUUCAAAAAAU